CGCGCCCCCGGCAGCGUCCCCCGCCGCGCCCCCGAGCUGCGGCCGCCUCCCACCCGCCGGCUCUGGCUGCGGCCAGCAUGUGCCCAGGGGAGCCGGGCCGGGCGCCCGGGCAAGGGCGUUUGAAGGGAACCUGAGCAGGGCGCUUCCCCGGCAGGAUGGAGGCAGCGCCGGGCACGGAGCCCCGGGACGGGGCGCGCAGGGCGCCGGGCGCCGAGCCGCGGGACAAGCCCCUGGUGCUGGACGGGGAGGCCCCCGGGCGCCCCGAGGGUAGCGCGGGCUCUGGGCCAGGCCAGCCGCCCCGCGCAGUAACCCCCGCGGGGGCGCCCGCCUCGCAGCCCGCGGCCGGCAAGGCGGAGGCGGCGGAGCAGAUCCUGGCGGACGCCGAGGACCCCGCCGCGCUGGCCGGCACCUUCGUGCAGCGCCAGCUCGGGGCCAUGCUGCAGCCCGCGGUCAACAAGUUCUCGCUGCGCAUGUUUGGCAGCCACAAGGCGGUGGAGCUGGAGCAGCAGCGGGUGAAAUCGGCCGGGUUCUGGAUCAUCCACCCCUACAGCGACUUCCGGUUUUACUGGGACCUCAUCAUGCUGCUGCUGAUGGUGGGGAACCUGAUCAUCCUGCCCGUAGGCAUCACCUUUUUCAAGGAUGAGAACACACCGCCCUGGAUUGUCUUCAACGUGCUCUCGGACACCUUCUUCCUGGCUGACCUGGUGUUGAACUUCCGCACGGGCAUCGUGGUGGAGGACAACACGGAGAUCAUCCUGGACCCGCACACCAUCAAGAUGAAGUACCUGAAGAGCUGGUUCCUGGUCGAUUUCAUCUCCUCCAUACCCGUGGAUUACAUCUUCCUCAUCGUCGACCUGGAGACUCAGGUGGACUCCGACGUCUACAAGACGGCGCGGGCCCUGCGCAUUGUGCGCUUCACCAAGAUCCUCAGCCUGCUCCGCCUUCUGCGCCUGUCCCGCCUCAUCCGCUACAUUCACCAGUGGGAGGAGAUUUUCCACAUGACCUACGACCUGGCCAGCGCCGUGGUGCGGAUCUUUAACCUCAUCGGCAUGAUGCUGCUGCUGUGCCACUGGGACGGCUGCCUGCAGUUCCUGGUGCCCAUGCUGCAGGAUUUCCCUGCGGACUGCUGGGUCGCCAUCAAUCACAUGGUGAAUGACUCCUGGGGGAAGCAGUACUCCCAUGCCUUGUUUAAGGCCAUGAGCCACAUGCUCUGCAUUGGGUACGGCCAGCAGGCUCCGGAGGGGAUGACCGACGUCUGGCUCACCAUGCUCAGCAUGAUUGUGGGUGCCACCUGCUACGCCAUGUUCAUUGGCCACGCCACUGCCCUGAUCCAGUCGCUGGACUCCUCCCGCCGGCAGUACCAGGAGAAGUACAAGCAAGUGGAGCAGUACAUGUCAUUCCACAAGCUGCCCGGGGACACACGCCAGCGGAUCCACGAGUACUAUGAGCACCGCUACCAGGGCAAGAUGUUCGAUGAGGAGAACAUCCUGGGGGAGCUGAGUGAGCCUCUCAAAGAGGAAAUCAUCAACUUUAACUGCCGGAACCUGGUGGCCAAUAUGCCGCUGUUCGCCAACGCCGACCCCAACUUUGUGACAGCUAUGCUGACCAAGCUGCGCUUCGAGGUUUUCCAGCCUGGGGACUUCAUCAUCCGUGAGGGCACCGUGGGCAAGAAGAUGUACUUCAUCCAGCAUGGCGUGGUCAGCAUCCUCACCAAGGGCAACAAGGAGACCAAGCUGUCCGACGGCUCCUACUUCGGGGAGAUCUGCUUGCUGACGCGGGGGAGGCGGACAGCCAGCGUGCGUGCCGACACCUAUUGCCGCCUAUACUCACUCUCGGUGGAUAACUUCAACGAGGUGCUGGAGGAGCACCCCAUGAUGCGUAGGGCCUUUGAGACCGUGGCCAUGGACCGCCUGGACCGCAUCGGUAAGAAGAACUCCAUCCUCCUGCGCAAGCGAGCAGAGCACAGCUCAGGGGCCAUGAACAAUGAGAUGAUCCAGCAGAUCGUCAAGCAUGACCGGGAUAUGGCCCACAACAUCCAGGACCUGCAGCAGAUGGCGGUGGGCCGGGAGUUGAGUGGCAAGCCGGUGAUCUGGGAGCCCCUGGUGCAUGCGCCACUGCAAACGGCAGCUGCCACCACCAACGUGGCCAUUGCCUUGACUCACCAGCAGAGCCUGCAGGCCCACAUCUUCCUGCCACCCUCCUCCAUCUCCAGCCCGCUCUCGCCUGAGGCCACCCUGCUCACCAGGCAAGCGCGCAGGUCCCAGCCCAGCCUGGGGGGCUCCCGGCCCUCCUCAGUGAGCUCCCCAUCCAGUAUACAGCCCCACCUGCAGACGCCUGCAGCCAACUCCCCUUCAUCCCCUAUGGUCCAGUCCCAGUCGCCUCUGGAAAGCGGGGGGCCGAAGGCCGGACACGUGGGACUGCCACAGCCAAGGCUGGUGCAGAAGGGGGAGCCCCUGGCAAUAGCAAAGCAGCCCCUUACGGGCUCCCAACCCCAGCUCUCCAAGUCCCGAGGCACCUCAGUUUCCACGUCACUUCUCCAGCAGCCAGCAGGGGGUCCGUCCCCCAGCUCUGAGCAGGUGCUCCCAGCAGGGAGAACUCUCCACUACAGCCUGUCCCGAGCCACCGGCUCCCACAUCUCGCUGCUGAUGCAGCCGCAGCAGCUGGUGAAGCACAGGAGCAUCCAGGGCCUACCUAUUGGGAGGCUCACACAGGACGUCCGGCUCCUGUCAGCGUCUCAGCCAUCCCUCCCCAAUAAAGUCACCCAGCAAGCAGACGGGAGCUCCUCCCAUCAGGGCAGGAAGUCAGCAGGGAACCUGGCUCACAGGUCAUCUCCCUCGGUAGCUGGACUCCUCACCAAGCCACCCCCUGGGGUUCCAGGUCAGCCAGCACACCCGCAGCAGAUGCCUUCCGGAUCUUUAGUCCAAUCCAGCCGGCCCGUGAGUGGAGCGUCCACGCCGCAGUCUCCCGUCUCCACACCCAGGCAUGCGGCAGGCCCCUCCCGCAAGGGCUCCGUGGCGUUCAGCCCUGAGGUGGAAAGUGGGAAGCCCAAACUCCCGUCCAACAUGUGAGAGCCCAGCGCUGUAGCCAAGCGUGGGGGAGGGAGAGGAGUGGACUCUCUGGAGAGCUGUGCUCCUGGGGCUGUGUCUGACAUGGGGCUGGGGCAGGGAGAAAGGGGGACAGCCUCCCCCAAAGCCCCCACCCAGGGCUGAGGCUGAGUGGGCAAGGAGAGGAGAUGGCCAGGGGUGACCACCUACCACAGACACGGACUCUGCUUGAGUCAUGUGCCUGGCUGCAGGGUAGGCUCUGCCUUGGGGUCACUCUGGGAUACUCCUGACUCCACUGACGACAGGAAGCCUCUUCUGCACCCCACAGCAAGGGGGCAGGGGGGCCAUGGGCUGGGCUGAGUCCAUCAGUGCUGUCUUCACUUUGUCUCUCCCGGGGACACAAACCUUGCUAUGGGGCCCUGCCCCAUCCCCUCAUUCCACCCCCUCCCAAGGGGCCCAGCCCCUGCCCUGAAGGGCAUAGGCCCCACCGCAGUGAGCAGCGUCAGGAAGGCACUCGGGGGCUCCUCCCACUCAUGUUUCUCUGUUAGGAAAUUCUCCCAGCCCCCAGAUGCGUCCCCACAAUGGCCCGCUUGAAGCCUUUGCCCUGUAGGGGAGGCAGGGUGAGGGGGAUAGGGCCAGAGCCCCAGGAUAAGGCCUUUCCCCUCACCCACAGCCGGGGACAGAGUGGGGGAGAUGGACCCCAUGGAGAGGCCUUUGCACUGGGGGGUCAGAGCGGGAGGAGAUGGGGGGUUCCUGAGAGCCUGGAAUCCCCCUCACUCCAGCUUCCAAGCCUCUGUACCCACAGUAGGACACCUGGGGCCCCAUGGCACUGCCUACCAUGGCCAACCCAGGAAGCCAAGAUGAAUCCAUCCAGCACCCUGUGGUCCCAGGCAGCUCCGAGUCCCCAGGACUCCAGGUGUCUCCCCUCUCUCCCUCUUAUCCCCAGCUGGUCUAGUCUGAGAGGCCACACAGAUCCUCAUACAUGUGGCCUUUGUCCCCAGAGGCCUGGCAAGUCACUGCUGGUUGUGAACACAUCUCAGCUGCCCCAUCUCUCCCAUAGAGUAACUUUAAAUGUGUGAAGCUGGAGCUCAUGCGAAUUCGUCUAGCCCUAGAGAACCCAGUUCCCUGGGGAAGGGAGGCACGGGGAGCAGGCAUGUCUCAUCCCCCACCCCUCCGAUCACCUGGUCUUUAUAGUCAGAUGGUCCCUGUAGAAAGGGGCCGUGGGCUAGGGCUGUCCUGGCUGUAACGGUCUGGGCUGGAUUUGAGCUGGUGGGUUCCCUUGACCUCACAGCUCCUGGCCUGCCCUGGGGUCGAGGAGGCUAACUCUGAGGACAUAGGCCCAGUGCUGGCUGCCCUGAGGGGCUUGUUCACGGUAUCCGUGGGUUGUCAGGAGAAGAUUAAUCAACUCCCCUCAGUGUAAGGAGCCAGGCCUGGAAAUGCAAAAGCUGCAUAGAAAUGUCCCCAGAUCCCCCAGGGCCUAUGCUGGGUUGCCAAAGGUGAUGUGUGUUCCCAUGAGACAGGCUCUGAUGGAUGUUCUGGGAGCCCUGGGGCAGCCAGACCCAGGGAUCUGACUAAAGGGCCUCCUUGGCUGGGUCUUGUCCCCUCACUGUACUGAGGCAGGGAGCACAGGCUAAGGGCAGGGGCUGUAGUUCAGGGCUCUCAGCAUCACACCGAGAUGUGCAUUUCUCACUGGGUGUAUUCUUAGCAGAACAGACUGUUUUCUGCUCCCCUCUUGUGGGAAGGGACUUGGAAAGAGUUUUGCUACCUCUGCUCUUGACUGCUAGCUCCUGCACCCCUGGAGGGUCUUGGAGAGCUGGGCCAGGGGGUUUCUCUCCUCUUACCUUGCAGGCUGGUGCCCCAUUGCCUGGGGUUAGUCUGAGUGAGCAGCACUGUCCCAGGGAGUUCAGUGUAAGGGGAAGGGUUGGUCCUCACCCCCUGUCUAUGGUCAAGUCUUGCUAAAGACCCACCCCCAGUUUCUGGAAGUCAGUCCAAGAUGUUCUUCAUCAGCAUUAAAGUGACUCCAGGGAGAUUGCAAAGGAGAUGCUCACACUCCCCCUCCCCCUCCCCAUGCCGGUCAGUCACGCCCCUGUCACUGUCUGAAUCUCAGCUCAAAGCAAUGUUGCUUCCUUCACUUGUAGCCUCCCCAUGGGGAGGAUUCUGCGUCCCUGUACAGAAGGGUUGGGAUUUCCGGGGAGUCUCCCGGCUCAGCCCGAGCUGCCCCUCUCCAGGAACCAGUAGUUAGCAAUGUGUGUGCGAGUCGUGGCUCUGCUAAGCAGCUGAAUUCUGCUGAUGGUGUUGCUUUCGGGUCCAAACGUGUUACUGAUUCGGGUUAGAGUAGUGCCCCCCCCCAAACUCUGCUGUGCUGUAUAGCUUCUUCUUUCCACUACCAGAGUCAGGAAAAUUGUUCCUUGUCGUCCCUGCUCUGGGAGCACUGACAGUGUCAGCAAUAUGAAGCUCAGCCCUGUAGGUACCUGUGCUAGAGGCGAUAGACCCAGCCAUGGCUAGGCACGGUGUUGGGCUAGGGUUUCUUUUCAUAGAAUAUUUCUUAAAGGUAAGUUGUUCAGUUCUUCUCUCCAUUCGUAUUUUGGGAUGUUGGGACCAGAGUCUUCACUGCAGGACGAGGAGGGGGAGCUCAGCCCUUGGCGGAGUUCAGUCCAGUGGGAAUCACUUGGAUGCCUGUAUUGGAGGGAGUAUUCAGCACUGCCUUCUUCUCAUGGACUUGAGUGUCCUUUUCCUCUGUCCCUGCCUCCCCCCUCCACUUGGCCCCGUGUGUCUGUCCCAGCAGCUCCUCUAGAAGGGGCCUGCAGUCAGGUCGCUUAGAUUCAAACAUUCCAGGAUCUUCUUGUUUACACUACGUAAUGUAGAGACAUUUGUAGCAAUUGUGGUAGGAUUCCAUUGAAAGGAAGAGUGCUGAGGUGUGGGCUGGCCCAGGUGGCAGCUGCAGAGCUGUGGCCCUCCUUCCACAGCGCCUUGACCCUUUCUGGUCUUUCCAGAGAGGAAACCGUGCUCUGUGCGGCUGUGUCACCCUGCGGCUCUUCCCCUGCAGGUUUCCCGUCAUUGCUAACCCCGGGCAGCCCUGCUACUGAGCGUGCCAGUGUUCACGGUGCUCUGGGUAACCCCCAGCACAGUACCACUGUGCUGCCCGGCCUUGUUCUAAGCAAGGUUACAAACACGGCAGCUGUGUCUGUUUGUGUCACCCCAAGGAGGUGGGGGAGGGCUAGAUGCAGCAGGACAUAGCUUCUGCCCUAGAGAGAGGCUGUCACUCCCGCCCAUAUUAGCAACAGGGGGAAUCAGGCUGGGGGAGAGGCCACAGUAGAAGCACCCUGCGUGUGUGUGUGUGUGUGUGUGCGUGUGCGUGCACGUGUGUGCAAGUCUAGUCACCAAAGACCAUGAUCCUUCACUCUUGCACUCACAGCAGUCGAUGUACAGAGCUUGUAGUUUUCAUAUUGCAGAGACUUUAAAAGCGUUUUUCAAUUUUCAGUCGUUGUACAUAACAGAUUUAAAUAAUAAAGAGUGACUCCAAGCUGG